ACCAAUCGUUCUCUUUAAGACUACAGUUUUCAUGAGGCAAUUUUGAAACUCUGAAACCAAAAAGGACAGUAGUAGGUGCGGCACAGCCUUUUGGGAACUGUAGUUCAGUGUUCGUAGAAGGGCGUGGCCAGAAGCCUAUCAGAGGGCUAUAUAGUUCAUGAGAGCAGGUACAGCUUAGGUGUGGAGAGGUUUCUUCUUUGCUUUGGAGGUUGUUCCUCUCAAGCCAUUCCUGGUAAACUCUGCAGUGAAGAGCUACUGGUGCUCCAGUGACGUUAACCUUUUAUAGUUCGACCCAUGGAUACGGAACUUUUCAAGACAAAGCUUCAGGAUGAAGCCACGUGCUCCGUCUGCUUGGAGUAUUUUAUCAAUCCAGUCCUUCUGGACUGUGGGCACAAUUUCUGUCGUAGCUGCAUUAACCGGUGCUGGAUGGAGUUUCCCGAAGACGCUGCCUGCCCUCAGUGCAGGAAGGCUGUCAUGACAAAGAACUGUAGGCCGAACAGGGCAUUAGCUAACGUGGUUGAGAUAGUCAAGCAGCUUGAUAACCUGAAGGAAGAGAGUAUAAACAAAAUCUGCAGGAAACACCCAGAACCCUCUGAAGUUGUCUUUUGCAAAGAAGAUCAAAUCUCUCUAUGCCUGCUGUGUGAGGGACAUGAGCAACACAGAUGUCACCAUGUGAUUCCUCUGAAGGAAGCUGCCCAGGAGUAUAAGGAUCGUUUUCGUAGCUAUAUCAAGGCUUUAUUGAACGAGAAGAAAGAAAUUCUAACAUAUAAAAUAUAUGCUAUACGAGAAUUCGAAGAGUUGAUGAAACGUACAGAAGCAGAGAAACAAAAAAUACUGGAAGAGUUCAAGCAACUGCACCAAUUCCUGACCGAGCAAGAGAUCUUCCUGCUGGCCAAGAUCCAAGCUGUGGCCAGAGACAUUGGGAACAAAAGGAAUGAUAAGUUGUGUACAAUCUCUGCGGAGCUCUUCACUCUUCAGAAUAGCGUCCGGCAGUUGGAGGAGAAAUGCCAGCAACCUGACAAUAAACUUUUGCAGGAUGCUCAGAAGACCUUGGAAAACUAUGAGAAAAGGCCGAAGUUUAAACCUUCUGAGGCAGUUCCACUUGAGUUGAAAUGGGCGACUUGGGAGCUGUGUGAUUUAAAUGUCCUUCUGGAAGGUGCAGCAAAGCAUUUCAGAAGUACUCUGCAAGGCGGGUAUCAACUGCAUCGAGCCAAUGUAACUUUGGAUCCAGAAUCUGCUCAUCCCCAACUGCUCCUGUCUAGUGAUGGUAAAAGCCUGAGAUGGACUGAGAUGAAGCAAGAUGUGCCCGAGACACCCAAAAGAUUCAUCAGACAUUUUUGUGCAGUGGGACACCAGGAGUUCACAACUGGCAGACACUUCUGGGAUGUGGCUGUGGAAGGCAAAGAGAAUUGGGUGGUGGGGGUGACCACCAGCUCUGUGGAUAGGAAGGGCUGUCAGGCUUUUAUUCCUGAAGAAGGGUUCUUUGCUAUAGAGUGGGCGGCAAGGCGGGACAGGCCUCCCAGCAUCCCAGAGCAAGCAGAAGAGGUCAAGAUGCUCCGGGUCUCUCUGAACUGCGCCGGAGGGCAGGUAGUGUUUUAUGAUGCAGAGACAGCAGACAAGGUCUGCUGUUUCAGUAACACUUCCUUCCACCGGGAGACCCUUCUACCUUUCUUCUGGCUGAGGGGAAAGACCAAACUCAGUCUCCGUACCAACUUAGAGCCAUCCUAUGUGCUUUUCAGUCCCUCAGCCCCGGUUUCCUUCUCUCCCAUCAACACACACCACCCUUCAUCUGCCAGUCUUCUAGAAGCAGUAGAGUAACAGAUGUUAAAAACAGGUGGCUUGGUGUGGCUCAGAGAGGCUAGUGUGAUGCCCAGAAUCAGUGUUUGUGCAACAUGCCUUCUUACUUGUUACAGAAUGGAUUCCACUAGGUUUUAUGAGUUGCAGUGCAGCAAGGGAGGGUGGAAUCCAGUUGAUCCAUUCCAGGGGGUGUUAGUCCAGACAGGGUUUCAUAGAUCUGUUUUGUAAAAAAUCUACUGCAGCUCAGUGGACAAAACCUGUUUUGUCUGCAUAAUGUUUUUAAACUAUUAGAAUAAAGGUUUUACUUCUU